UUCAGAUUUGUUAUUAAUACAGAUAAUAAUCGAUAUUGGUGCGCGGCAAAAUUUGAAGACAAUAAUGAAGAUUCUGAAGGUCUAUUUUCUUUGCCUAUCGUUUUUGUUUGGCGUAAAUUCUGAAGAAAUAAUGUGCUCUAAUUCUGAUGGGUCUACAUUUAUUAUAGAUUGUCCAGAAUUGUCACAGCAUGUUUCUGAAUUUAAUAUUUGUGAUUGGGCUGCGCACUUUGGAUGUAGAACAACACAAAAUGAACAUAGCAAAACGCCAAAGUAUCCGUGGUCAGAGCAGGACAAAGAAAGAUCUGAAAAAGUAGAAGACCUGGAGUCCAAACAAAGACAACAAAAUAACGAAGAUUUUCAUGGAAAAUUCAGAAAAGAUGACAAUUUUAGGACAGUAGGUAGAAGAGAUGACAAUAAUGAACGACUUUCUGUAAAGUUCCAUCUAAGCGAACUAAUAUAUCCAAGUUCGAUGUUCAAUAUUAGAGGAAGAGAUGUGGAAGAUCGGCGACAAAAAGAACACAGAAAUCCGAAUUCAGAAAUCUUUUGGGAGAACAUUGCCAAGUGAAAAUUUAGAAAACGUAGAAAAAUUUGCUAGCCCUGACUCUGAUCCUAGAUUUCACAGGACAACGGCGGAUCAAUCGCAAAACCCGAAAGUAGAAACCAGAACUGUACCAGAAUUUGUUUUAAAAGAAAAAUCACAAAAAAUUGAGAAUAGGCGAGGUUUUCCUCAGUGGGCCGAAUUUUCGACACAAUUGAGAAGAAUACCAGAAAUUGAAAAUAUGAAGAAUGGAGAAAGGUCUCUCGACUUUGAUUCAGAUUCUAGGGGUAUGUCUAGAAGAACAGAAAAUCUAUCGCAAACUCCAAGAAGAUCCUCCAUGGAAGAGAAUGCGAAUAAAGAAGGUUCUAGAACAGGAAAAGAAAAAUCGAGUUUAAGUCUGGUGUAAAUGAAGAUACUCCUCAGACAUCCAAAGAAAAUCCGACUGAACCAAAAUUUACUUUCGAAGAAAGGCCACAAAAGCGGUGGCAAUUUUCAAAAGAAGCUAAACGUUUUAAAAAUUCUAACGUUUGGGUGAAAACUUGACUCCCGUGAAACAUCUACAAUAGAUCCAGAAACUUCUUUUAACAUUAAUGGCCCACAACACAGAGAAAAUCUAAAAACUUGGUUUUUCGGAGACAAAAGAUCAGACAUUGCACGUGAACAUUUUGACAAAAGUAAAAGCCAACACAUGGAAAAUCGCCAAUGUCGAAAACCAUUUGAGAUUUAGAGAAGAAAGUUGUUUAAUACUGCAUAUGUUGUAAUUUAAUUUAUAUUUAUUUAUUGUUACAAUUUUUAACGCCAAACUG